GCCAUCGUUGCAAUAGACUCUGCGGGGCGCCUUUCAAACGAAUACUUCGAACGGCUUCAACUGUCUCCGUCAGUACUACACGGCUCUUAAGAAGUGCCAAUGUACUCAUGACCUCAAGGCCAUCCAAUUGCUUAACGAGCGAAGUGUCCUAAGUCACAAAAACAGCGCUAGAUGAUACUGAUAGAGGAGUUGAAUCUGAAUCAGCGCCGUCCAAAAAUUCGAGAAUUCCAAUCCUCUGUCCUGCAUAAGUAGCAGUACACUGCCCGCAUUGCUCUUAUCCAUCCGAUCUGACAAGUCCCUCUCUUCGCAGUCUCUGUGUUUGGAAUGCCAGACGGAAUCGUUCCAAGCACCCUUACACCCCCCCCUGCGAUAAUGACGGAAUGUUCACAACCAGCUCUUUGGAAGAACAUAUCAGAUCGCAAGGUUGCAGAUCGGAAGGCCCUGUUGGAUCAGUGGCCCGAUUGGCACCUACAGGAAGUGACGCCAGAGUCGAUCAAGGACAUCUCGAAGAUACCCAUUUCACACUUAACUGCACGCGAGUACGAAAUCGUCCAUUUAGAUGCCACCGGUCUGGUUGAAGCAAUCCGUGAUCGCCGGUAUACAUCUAUUGAAGUCCUCUGGGCCUUCUGUCAUGUUGCAACGAUCGCGCAGGACCUCACCAAUUGCCUGACGGAGGUAUUCUUUGGCGAGGGCCUCAAGCGGGCAGCGGAGUUGGAUAAGCAUCUAGAGGAGACCGGUGAAGUCGUGGGCCCUUUACAUGGAUUACCCAUUUCUAUCAAGGACCACAUCAUGGUCAAGGGUCAUGAUACUGCUACAGGAUACAUAGCUUGGGCAUAUAAGACUGUGGCGUCGAAGGACGCUGUGGCCGUUGAUAUCCUGAAGAAAGCCGGGGCUGUUCUUUAUGUCAAAACAGCCAAUCCCCAGACUCUAUUGGCUCUUGAAACUAACAAUAACAUCUAUGGAAGAACGAGCAAUCCUUUUAAUCGGAGUCUCACUCCCGGCGGAAGUAGUGGAGGUGAAAGUGCGUUGAUAGCUCUGCACGGAAGCCCAAUGGGUAUUGGAACAGAUAUUGGGGGCUCGAUCCGUAUUCCCGCGGCCCACUGCGGUCUUUAUGGACUCAAGGGAUCUGUUGCGCGUAUGCCACACGCAGGCCUGAUGGGUUCGCAUGAUGGUAUGGAUGCAAUCAUUGGGGCGCUCGGCCCCAUAGCUACGUCUGCAAGAGACUUAGCAUUGUUCUGUCGCGUCAUGCUACAGUAUCAACCGUGGUUGAUAGAGCCUCCUUUGAUUGAAAUACCCUGGAAACAGGAAGUCGUUGAUGGUCAAGGAAUACCAAAGAGACUAUCCAUUGCAAUCCUUUGGGAUGAUGGAGUUGUUAAACCACAUCCUCCCGUCCUCGACGCGUUGAAGCGUACUAAGGACGCUUUGAUUCGGGCCGGCCAUGAAGUGAUAGUCUGGGAAUCUGUUGAUCACCAAGAAUCUUGGGACUUAUUGACAAAACUUUAUUUUCUCGAUGGAGGCGAAGAGUACAGAGAGGUCCUCAAACAUGACCCUCCCGUCCCUCUAACCGAAUGGAUAUUGUCCCAGGUCCCGAACGGUGGCAACCCGUUCACGGUUGCGGAGAUCUUCAAGAUCAAUCUAGCUCGGGAGGCUUUCAGAGCAAAGAUUACUGCACAUUGGAAUGCGACGGAGGCUCGUACGAGCACCGGUCGACAGGUGGACGCAGUGUUGAGCCCUGUGGCUCCAACUCUAGCACCCCCACAUGACUCAACUAGUUGGUGGGGCUACACUUCAUAUUGGAACCUCAUGGAUUUUCCAGGCGCCGUAUUCCCUGUCGAUCGAUUCUACGCACAGGACUACCGACCUCUGGAUAUCUCCUCUGAUAUCAAGCUUCCUUCCCAGGCUCGCAAUGAUACGGAGAAGAUCAUUCUGGAUCAAUGGGACCCUGCGAUAUACGAUAACGCACCGGUUUGCCUGCAACUUGUUGGAAGACGGCUGAAUGAGGAGAAAGUAUUAGGAAUGAUGCAGGUCGUAGAAUCAGCUAUAGGUUCUGCCCGGUCAGGGUUCUGAUUUCAUUUCUACCUUGUAAUCAACCAAGCAGGCAUGAGCAGGUGCCUCCUUUUGUUGACUUGUCAUUCACGUCUGACCGUCACACUUGAUGAACUUGAAGUUUGACAUAACAUCAACAAAGACCGAACGUCUGC